UGCAACAAUGCAUGGCAUUCACCAUCACCAUCGACCACACCAUUGGCACUCACAAAGUCAUCUUUUGCAGCAGCACCAUAGUACGCACGAUCACCCAGAGGUAUUCUCUGUUGGUAUCUGUGGAUACGGAAGCAGCAGCUGGAGCAGGGCAAGGAGCGGGCCGUAGUUUCUGUCGUGCGGCCUGUCUCUCUUUGGGCCUCCUUCUACUGCUGUAGGUGCUCGGUGCUUUUUCUCUCUGCCUCCACUUCCUCUAUCUGCACUUCCAUCACACUUACCUGUGGAGUUGAAGCACACAUCGGGAUAAGCAUUGCACACUUUUGGACUGGACAAUGGUGAAGAGGGGGCUUUCUGUGGAAGAGAAACGGGACAAGGUACUCGGCAUUUACCACUCUACCAAGGCCAUCUACAGCCUCAAGGAAAUAGAGAAAGCUGCAUCGAAGCAAGGGGUGACGAUCAACACAGUCAAGGACGUGAACCAAUCUCUAGUGGACGAUGGCCUCGUGGAUAUGGACAAGAUCGGUGCUUCGAACUUUUUUUGGUCCUUUCCUUCCAAAGUGGCGGUCACCAAACAAAAUGUAGUCGACAACCUUGAGCAAAGCAUCGCCAAGGCCGAAGACAACACAGCAGCCAACAAGCGAAAGAUUUCGGAACUUGAAGAAGGUCGUGCGGACACAGCAAGCCGAAGAGAGAAGCUUGGACGUUUGCAGGAGAACGGCCUACGGUUGCAGGAGCUGGAGAAGGAGUAUGAAUCACUCAAGGAAAAUGACCCUGCAGAGCUGGAGAAGGUCACCCGUCUGACACAGGCAUGCAAGGACGGAGUCAAUCGCUGGACAGACAAUUCGUGGUGCAUCAAGAGCUGGAUGGUGAAGACGAAGGGAAUGAGUGGGAACGACGUGGACAGAUAUCUGCAAAUCAAGGGGGACUUUGAUCAUGUUUGAGUUUUUUUAUUGUACCCCGUCGGGCGAACCAGAUCUACGCGGUCCCCGGUUUUUGUGCCUCGUCCGGUGCGUAUGCGUCCGUCCGUGGUGGGAGCUUGGCCAAGAGUGCGCGAGCCAGCUUCAUGUGCAGCGAAGCAGGGGUGGUGCGGGCGAGAGGCUCUUCGUAGAUUUGUUAUGGCUCUCCCUGCCGCUCCCCAUUUCGGUGUGCUCCCACCUGUAGCGCUGGUAGCAAUCAGCGAAGCAAACACGUGCGAUGAGAGUUCUAGAGAAUAUGUACAAAAGGUGAUAUUCUUGUGAGCUCACACAUACAUACAUAUAUAUAUAGUAUUGGACAAUAGAAAAAAGGGUCUCGUUGUUUCAAGAAUGAGUAGGUGACAUUGCCAUUGCUAUCUAUAGAAGCCCAACUCAAAACAAGUGGACUAGUCAGCGACUUGAUGUAUCGGCUUCUGCAAAAGUCAAUCGUGGGGUUCGAGACCUGGACACUUGGUGGCUUUCUUAGUGAGACCCUGGAUAGACUACUCUUGGCGAGAAAUCGGGUGACGGAAAGACUCGUCUGAGACCCUCUGGAACAUUCUGCAGGAUCUGGGUGACGAGUGAUGAAGCGAAGUAAAAUUGGAUGGAUAUAGCAGCGCUGGCGACAGGAGUCAACCUCCUCGGAAGUGCAAGUGGGUCAUUCGAGCUUCAAGUGUAGUCUAGACUAGUGGUGAUUAGUCUACGACAAAAAUCAUCGGAUCGUCAAGGCCCUCUAAAAUACAGAUGAAUGAUGACGAUGGGGGCGUUAAGAUAUACUCCCUCCGUUCCCAUAUAUAAGCGUGAUUUGGGUUCUCCGAAUAUAAGCGUGGUUUGCACUACAUGCUCCAAAAUAAUACUGGAGUAAGUCGUUAGGUCAUUGUGGGACGUCGGGCAAUUUCGGGAUGUAAUCACGUAUCACAUUGGA